AUGCAGGAUACGGAAGACAAUAAUGUACAAGACUCUUUGCCCGCUGAUGAAAAGCAGAAGCAUACAUUCAACGAGCAGACAAACUAUGUUUCAACUCGCAAGAUCAUAACGAUCUUCUUAGCAUGCGCCGCCGUCGACCUGGUUGCAUUGAUGGACCAGACCACUCUCGCGGCAAGUUUGUCGAUUAUCGGAGAUGAUUUAAAUGCUGGUAUCCAAACAAGUUGGAUUGCGGGUGGUUUCUUCCUGACGUCUACCUGCUUUCAACUAGUAUAUGGGCGACUUUCUGACAUUUGGUCACGGAAAGUCGUACUGUAUGUUGGAUUGGCAAUUUUCUUCUUUGGCUCUCUAGCUUCCUCCUUAGCUCAAACAGCCCUUCAAUUGAUAAUAUUUCGUGCCUUCACUGGAAUCGGCGGCGGCGGGUUAGCAAAUGUUGCGCAAAUGAUUGUCAGCGAUGUGGUGCCGCUGAGGGAACGAGGCAAGUACCAGGGAAUUCUAGGGGCGGUCGUUGCUCUAUCAAAUGGCAUUGGCCCUGUAAUUGGAGGUGCCUUGUCUUCAAUAUCGAAGGAUUCGUGGAGGUGGAUCUUCCGCAUUAACCUUCCCCUUGCGAUACUCACAACGCUCUGUGUGUUAUUUUUCAUGCCUCUUCGGAAGGUUGAUGGUGACUGGAAAACCAAGGUAAAAGCUAUUGAUUUCUUUGGGGUAUUUCUAGCCCUCUCCGGCGCGACAAUCUUCCUCCUUGGGCUCAUAUGGGGAGGAGGCGAAUACCCAUGGAAUUCAACCCAUGUGAUUUCUACGUUAAUCUUAGGCUUUGCUGUUUGUGUGUCCUUCGUUUUAUGGCAGUGGAAGGGCGCAUCGUAUCCGCUAGUGCCGAUGGGUAUCUUCCGUGUCAAGAUAGUAAACGGGGCGUGCCUGACUAUGCUCAUCAAUGGCUGGAACUACGUUGUGCAAGUUUAUUAUAUCCCGACUUUCUAUCAGCUGGUGUAUGGAUACUCGGCUACCAAGUCAGGAGCCCUGCUUCUGCCCAUUGUCCUGGUUCAAACAUUAUUCAGCACUUUAUCCGGCCUUAUCGUCCACCGUGUAGGUCGAUACCGAGAAUGCAUCUUGUUUGGAUGGCUUGCCUGGGCCGUUGGAUUGGGGCUUUUCUCCACACUUGAUAAAUCAUCUGGGAUUGGUAAACAGAUUGGAUAUGGCAUACUUACUGGUGUGGGAGUUGGAAACACACUGCAGCCGUCUUUAAUCGCUAUUCAAGCUGGCGUCCCUAGGAGGGAUAUGGCAGUUACCACGUCAUUUCGGAAUUUUAUAAGAAACCUUGGUGCCACGCUAGGCCUGGCGGUAUCCGGAACAAUUCUAAAUAACCUUGUCAUAUCCUCGUUAUUGUCCCUUGACCUUUCAGAGACUCAAAGAAAAGAAAUAACCCAAAGCCCACGCUACUACCUGGCAAAACAGAGUCCAGAGGAAGCUGAACGGAUCCGCGCUGUGCUUACUCCGGCAUAUCAGAAAGCGUUUCGGGUGGUUUUCAUAAUGUGUUCAGCCCUUGCUGGCUUAGCUUUUAUUCUCGCAAUUUUUCUCAUGCCUCACAUUUCGCUGAAGAGAGAUGACGACAAGAAACUAAAAGAAGAAGCUAGAUCAAGGGAGAAGACAAAAGAUGUGCCCGAUUGCGAAGAGCUACAGCAAAAGUAA